UUAAGCAAAGCUGAGAUUUAUUUAUUGGAGGAGCUGCGCCGCCUACAUCUUGAUCACUGAGGAUUUUUUGCGCUUUCUUUCUCGUUGGACGAUUUUACUCACAAAAAAGGAACCUAAUCUGUUUGUCACGCUGAGCAUUUCGUCCUCUUAUCCAUGAACUCAAUGAAGGAUCCAUUGAAUUCAGACCAGCACCUCUCCGGGAAUAAACUCCUACCUCCGCACCAAACGGCACUUGCUAUGGCUUCUGGGUUGCAACCGCUGCAGCGGUCUGCAGACUCUAAACACCGACUGGAGGUGCACACAGUGUCAGACACCUCCAGUCCGGAGUCUGUUGAGAAAGAAAAAGGUCAGAACAAAAAUGAGGACUCUUCUGACGACCCUUCAAAAAAGAAAAGACAGCGGCGGCAGAGGACCCAUUUCACGAGCCAGCAGCUACAGGAACUAGAGGCCACGUUCCAGCGAAAUCGGUAUCCGGAUAUGUCCACGCGGGAGGAGAUAGCCGUAUGGACCAACCUCACGGAGGCCAGAGUCAGGGUAUGGUUCAAAAACCGUCGAGCAAAAUGGAGGAAGAGGGAACGAAACCAGCAAGCUGAACUCUGCAAGAACGGCUUCGGUCCUCAGUUCAAUGGACUAAUGCAGCCCUACGACGACAUGUACCCCAGCUACACCUACAACAACUGGGCAGCUAAGGGGCUGACAUCGGCCUCACUCUCCACCAAAAGUUUCCCUUUCUUCAAUUCUAUGAACGUCAAUCCAUUGUCGUCGCAGACUAUGUUCUCACCGCCUAACUCCAUCUCUUCCAUGAGCAUGUCGUCCAGUAUGGUGCCCUCCGCAGUGACUGGCGUGCCCGGCUCGAGCCUCAACAGCCUCAACAACUUGAACAACCUCAGUAACCCCUCUCUGAAUUCGGGCGUUCCGACACCGGCCUGCCCAUACGCCCCGCCGACCCCUCCCUACGUUUACAGGGACACGUGUAACUCCAGCCUGGCUAGUCUGAGACUGAAAGCCAAGCAGCACUCGAGUUUUGGAUACGCCAGUGUGCAAAAUCCGGCCUCUAAUCUCAGCGCGUGCCAAUACGCGGUGGAUAGACCAGUGUAAUACUUGAGAAUUCACGAUCCGAAUAACGGGAACGAGGCUACAAAAUUCCUUUUCCUCUCACUUUUUUUUCAAAAGGCACUAGAAGACUAAACCACUGAAAUGAACU